UGUCUCACCACCCUCAAGAGAUUGUUGGUUUUGAUAGCAAUCAUACAUAGAUGGAAUCUGUUUGAGGGCAAAGUGAAUGAUGGUAUAUUCCUUAGUCUACAUAAAUUUCUAUGCAAAGAAAGCAUCAUCCUCCAUUAAUGGCAUCGCACGUGCAGCCUUAUGCAUGGACUAAUUAGAUAUGGUCCACGUGAUUAACAUAACGAUGGUAGAUCCGGUGCCUAAAAUGGAACUUCUUUUUGGGAGCCCAUAGGACAGCCUGCCCCAAGUUUAUAACUUAAAAAAGUACCGGACGUUGCAUGCAAAAUCCUCCUUUUCUUUUAAGGAUAAAAAGAGGCCUAAGAUCGUCUCAAAGUACUAAACUAAUGAACCCGUCAGGUUUCCAGUGGGCGGGGCGCUUAGCGACCCCUCAUCGGGCGAGGCAGCCGUGCAUCAAAAUCCCAAACUCCGGAGCCAGCAAAGCGAAGGAAAGGGAGAAGGCCCCCUAAGCCCGUGGGCCCGGCCGGUUCCAAAGCGAGGGUGCCCCAAAUGAACAUUUCACGUUCGGAGCCGGCUUGCUUUUGCCCUCCUCCUCUUCGAGGUCCUACAAAAGCGCAGCAGAAUCUCUUCCAACUCCAAAGAUAAAGAAAGAUUCAAAAGAAAAAGAAAAGAAGGAAAUAUACCACCCAUCCAACAACAGUCGCGGCCACAUAUAAAAAUACUCAAAAACUACCACCCCACAUUGCCAGUCUUUGCCUCAGACCCCACCUUCCCCCAACCACCUCCUUCGCUUUGCUCUUCCUCCUCUCCUCAUCCAAUGCCUGACCCCUUCUUCAUCUCAUUAUAUACCAAUGCCCCUUUUUAUCCUAUAUCCUUCUUCUAGUAUGGAAGCCACCCUCUUGCUUUGAGAAGAAAAGGAGGGUGGACAGACUCUGAGACGGAGAUAAAGAGGGCUGGUGGGAGAAGAGAGGGAGGGACAAAGAAGAAGAAGAAAGGAAAAGCCAGAAGAAAGACUAAGGGAUGGUCGAGUCUGCUAGGUCCCUGAGGGCCGUGGUUAGUGGGAUAGCAUGCUUGUUUUGUAUGGUGAUUUUGGUGUCUGUUACUAUAGAAAGUGGAGGAAGAACAAAAGCUAUGCCACCAUUGGCUGCUGCUCCUGUGGGGAGUUUGGUGAGUUUGGAGAGCUCAUCAACAGAUAGACCCAUUGAUCAAAUGAAUUCUGACCCUUUCUCUGCCACCAAGCGAAGGGUGCCGAAUGGGCCAGAUCCCAUUCACAACAGGAGAGCAGGGAAGUCGGGGAGGCCGCCGGGCAGAGCAUAGUAGCGCACCGAGGCAUCGAAGCUUCGUUUGCCCAGAAGAUGGAUUAGAGGGGGGUGUGGGUCUCAUCUUGGAUGCAUGUAACUAUGAGUUGGGCUAUCUUUAAACACUCCUAAGGCAUUAGCCAUAAAAUCCUUGCUUUGCCAAAGUGCUCUACUUUAU